GGAACAUGUCUUUUAGGAUGUGCAGCAGGAUAGAUGACGGACACAUGUCAACAAGAUUGUCCAGAUGGUUCCUAUGGUAUCAACUGCGCCUCCCGGUGUGGAAACUGCCUCAGUGGUGUUAGCUGUGACAAGACCAACGGAGCCUGUCCUGACGGAUGUGCAGCAGGAUGGAUGAGUAACGAAACAACAUCCUGUCUACAACCAUGUCCAGAUGGUUCCUAUGGUAUCAACUGCGCCUCCCGGUGUGGAAACUGCCUCAGUGGUGUUAGCUGUGACAAGACCAACGGAGCCUGUCCUGACGGAUGUGCAGCAGGAUGGAUGAGUAACGAAACAACAUCCUGUCUACAACCAUGUCAAAAUGGUUCCAACAUGUAUGGUGUCAACUGUGCCUCUCAUUGUGGAAACUGCCUGGAUAGUGUCAGCUGUGACAAGACAAACGGAACUUGUCCUGGAGGAUGUGCAGCGGGAUGGAUGAAUGACGGCUCAAAGUUAUGUCAGCAACCACUUGCCGGUGGAGGUUCUAUAGCAGGAAUUGUUGGAGGUGCAGCUGCAGCUGUCUGUGUCAUCGUGGUUGUUGUGACUGUUGUCAUUUGUUUGAAACGGAGGAAGCGGAAAGACGAUGACUCCAAGUCGCCCGUUCCGCUGGAAGUGCGUUGUACCAAGGCAAAAACAAGAUACGCCAUCACCGAGACAUUCCACCCACACGCCACCUCAAAUGGAAGAAGAUGAGGAUGCCGUGUUUUCUGUUGAGACUGAAGUCGACGGAGGCAACGAGGCUGCCGCCACCUACUACAACUGGGUGCCACCUCACAUGCAAUUGGAAAACCUGAAACAGUGUAUAUCUGA